AUGCCCCCCACCACCAAAAGAAAAUCCCCCGCCUCCGACCGCGAGGAAGAAACCUCACCCGAACCCUCCUCCAAGCGACAAGCCACACCAACAACAACAGAACCAUCAAAUCCCACCCCAUCAGCAGAACCCCCGUCACAAACCUCAACCCAACAAUCCCGCCUCGCCCGCUUCAAAGCCCUCCAAGCCCGCGCCAAAUCCUCCUCCACCCAAAACCUCAAAGAAGCCACCAAAGAAUCCCAACGCCUCGCCUCCGACCCCUCCCAACUAACCGCCAUAACCCGCAAGCACGCCGUAGCCUCCCACAAGCUCCUCAAAGCCGAAAUCGAAGACUCGGGCGGCGACUUUGAACGAAAGCGCGCGUGGGACUGGACGAUCGAAGAGUCCGAACGCUGGGACAAGCGCGUCAAGAAGAAGGACGCCCACAGGGACGACACCGCCUUCCGCGACUACCAGCGCCAGUCGGAAAAGUCCUACAAGCGUCAGCUCAAGAGCAUGGGCGCGCCCGAUGUCGAGAAAUACACCCGCGACAAGAUGGCGGCGAUUGAAAAGGCGGCCGCCGAGGGGACGCUCGAGAUUGUCGAGACGGAGGACGGGGAGAUGAUUGCUGUUGACAAGGAUGGCACGUUUUUUAGCACGGCGGAUUCGACGGAUUUUGCGCGACAUAAACCUGACAAGGCGGCGGUGGAUAGGCUGGUGGAGGAUCUGAGAAAGGCCGAGGAGGCGUCGCUCAAGAAGAGGAGGGAGAGGCAGGCUAGGAAUGGGGAGGAUAAUGGGGACGUGACGUAUAUUAACGAGAAGAACAAGCAGUUUAACCAGAAGCUGGCGCGGUUCUACAACAAGUACACGGCCGAGAUUCGGGAUAGUUUUGAGAGGGGAACUAUGGUUUAG